CGUUAACAAGUCUCUCACUUCUCCAUUCGCUCUCUCUCCUACCACAGACUACUCUCCUUCACGAAAAGUCGAAAACACAGAGAAUUAAUGGGGAUUUUGAAGGACAACGGUGUCGUUUACGAACCUAUCAACGAAGUUGAUCUUGGCCCUAAUAGCGAUCAACUCUACCUCCAUUCCGAUGUCAAAGCUCCUCGAAUGGCUGGAUUUCUUGCAAAGGUAUUCGUGUGGUUUUUGGAGAUGAAGAUAAUCGGCAAGAUUUUGCUUUACUUUCUGAAGAAGAAUAACCGAAUUCAAAAGUUAGUUUCAUAUGCGGUGUUGGAAGAAUCACCUCUAUACGUUCCUUUACACCCUUAUGAAGAAUUUGAAGAACAAGAAGAAGAAAUUGAAUGUCUAAAUCGUGGUUUGUCAGCAUCAGAACAAGUUCAACAUGCUGUUGAUUGUUUACAGUCUUCAGAUUCUUCUAUACUUGAAGAUUCAAACUUCAGUUUUCGCAGAUGGACGAUUUUGGAUUAUUCUAAAGCUUAUGCAUCACGACAAAUAACUCCUCUUAUGGUUGCAGAGCGAUUAAUAUCAGCAGUCAUGCAGUCUUCUGGUCCAGAAAUGGAUAUGUCAUUCUUUAUUAGUUAUGAUACUCAUGAUAUUCUAAGGCAAGCUACUGAGUCAACUCUACGUUAUCAAAGAGGUGAAGCGAUUUCUGUUCUAGAUGGAGUCCCUAUUGCAGUCAAGGAUGAAAUAGAUUGCAUGCCUUAUCCAACCACAGGAGGUUCAAAGUGGCUACAUAAAGUAAGACCUUGUAAAGAAGAUGCUUGUUGUGUUAUGAGGUUGCGUGCAUGUGGUGCCAUACUUGUUGGAAAAACAAAUAUGCACGAGCUUGGUGCAGGAACCAGUGGGAUAAAUCCUCAUUACGGGACUUCACGAAAUCCAUAUGAUCCCAAACGGAUCUCCGGUGGUUCAUCUAGCGGAUCUGCUGCUGUUGUAUGUGCAGGGCUGUGCCCUGUAGCCCUCGGUGUUGAUGGGGGAGGAUCUGUGAGAAUGCCUGCUGCUCUUUGUGGUGUUAUAGGGUUAAAACCAUCUUUUGGGCGCAUACCACACACAGGGGUUCUACCCUUGAAUUGGACAGUUGGAAUGGUUGGAAUAUUAGCAGGAACAGUUGAGGAUUCUCUUAUUGUUUAUGCAGCCAUCAGUGGUCCAGCUGAAUCACACAAACCAAAAAUUCCUAGAUUGAAUUUGCCAAAGCUGAAUCUUUCUAAUAUGUCUAGUAUCAAGAUGGCUAAAUCUAAUGAGUGGUUCAAUGAUUGUUCGGAUGAUAUUAGAGCUUGUUGUUCACGUGCUUUGGCUAAUCUUCAUAAGUUGUAUGGAUGGGAGACAAUAGAGGUGACUUUACCAGAUAUAGAAGUGAUGCGUUUGGCACAUUAUGUUACUAUUGGUUCAGAAUGUACAGCAUCUAUUGCUCAUCAUUUAGAAAAGAUGGGAAAGUCAGAAUCAGGAUGGGAUGUAAGAGUUGCACUUUCUAUAUAUGGUUCUUUUAACAGUAGGGAUUACUUAAAUGCACAACGAAUCAGAAAUCGUCAAAUGAAGUUCCAUGAAAAGAUUUUCAGCAUGGCUGAUGUCAUUGUUUCACCUAUGGUUGGUGUAACUGCAUAUGAAAUAAAGGAUGAUGUAAGAGACACCGGAGAAUUGGACUACGUUAAUGGAGCUGCACUCGUUCGAUAUUCAAUAGCUGGAAAUUUUCUUGGAUUGCCAGCUGUGACUGUUCCAGUUGGGUACGACAGACUUGGGUUGCCUAUUGGGAUUCAGUUUAUCGGGAAGCCAUGGUCCGAAGCUAAAUUGAUUCAAAUUGCUUAUGCUAUGGAGGCGUUGUGUAAGACUGAAUACAAGAAGCCACAUGUUUUUUAUGAUAUACUAGCACCAAGCUAAUGUCGUUAGAGAUGAUCAAGAUUGAAGAUACAACAACUUCUAUCGUAAAUCAACAAAAUAUUAGUUUUAUAUUUGAUUUAUUGAAUGUGUGCAUGGUCCCUCACCCGAUCGGCCACAUAAAAGUAUGCAAUAGGUUACCAUUUACCU